AUGAACAUAGGUGGAAAGGAAAUAGAAUACAUGCUUAACAACAGCCAUCUAGAACUUAUUUACAGCAAUGAGGCUACUGCUAAAUAUCAGCACUACAAUGGAACCAGAACAACCCUUGACAUACUCCUGGCAUCAAGCCACGAUCUCGGUUCUGGUCACAAACCAGUCACUGCUAAUAUUGCCAUCGACUGCCAAAGCAUGACAACGAAAGUGUCAACUUAG